AUGAAGUUUAAUACUAAACAAGACUUCAGGGAUGCUGUGCGAGAGUUUACCAUUCAGGAGGGUAGGAGGAUUAAGUUUGUAAAGAAUAACAAUGUGAGGUGUAGGGCAAUGUGCCAGGUGGAACAGUGCUCAUGGGUUGUUUAUGCCUCAAGGGAUCAUGAGGACUCUUGCUGGCAAAUCAAGACUUUUUAUGACGAUCAUACAUAUCUGAGAGAGAAUUCUAAUAGGGCAGCAAACAGAGCUUGGCUGGCAAGUAAGUUGGUCAAAAAGGUUAGAAAGUACCCAAACUUUAAGCAAUGUGAGGCUGCAACAUACUUUAGGUCAAAGUGUGAUCUCAUAUUGCAUAGGAAUUCAUUAGCCCGAGCCUUGGCUGAUGCAAGAAAUGUUGUCUACGGGGAUGAAAAGGCACAGUAUGCCUUGUUAAGGGAUUAUACUGAAACGCUGCUAAAGACCGAUCCGGGAUCCACUGUAAAGAUUGGGGUUACUCCACUGCCUGACGGCCAAGUUAUGUUUGAUAAAAUGUACAUCUACCUGAGUGGUUGCAAGAACGGGUUUAAAGCUGGGUGUCGACCUUUAAUCGGCCUCGAUGGUGCAUUUCUAAAGACGCAAAUUGGUGGACAGAUAUUAUCAUCUGUCGCACAAGAUGUAAAUCACAACAUUUAUGUGGUUGCUUGGGCUAUAGUCAACAUUGAAAACAAGGAGAACUGGAAAUGGUUUUUGGAGUUACUCCACGAUGAUUUAGGAGACUAUAAGGCUAACGGGUGGUGUUUCAUUUCUGAUAUGCAGAAGGUUAGAUAG